AUGGCAAGGACUGUUGACAUUGAACACGUCUCGAAACCGCGUCGGCCCGGCAUUUGUCGCGUCCUGCGACGAUCUGGGUACUGGAAAUGUCUCUCAUGUUCGCUGUUGCUAGUUGGAUGUGGUUGUUAUGCUGCAUGGUGUCACUUCAAGCAUAUGGCUUAUUCGGGACUCCAACCCCUUAUGAUAUACCAUCAUGGACCAUGUGCCCAAGGCUACAACUUUGUGCCGAUCGUUUUCGGUCUAAUGCUAUACAUCGUGUAUGUGAUGGAAUGCUGGCACAGCAGAUCGAAGUUCAGCUCGAUGAAAAAGAUUCGUGUUGAAGAUGCCUUGCAGUACCUAAAAUCACUCCGCAAUGCUCUUCCAAUAGUGUGGUGGAAAAGUGUUUGCUACCAUUAUGUGCGAAAAACGCGGCAGGUAACAAGGUAUCGCAACGGUGAUGCUGUGCCGGCCACACAAGUGUACUACGAGCGAGUCGACUCGCACUCGGCCGGGAACGUGUUCAUUUAUGAUGUUUGCGGCGUCAAGGAUAUCUCAAGAAGCGUUCUGGAUCUGGAGCGAUUUCCACUUACGAGAAUACGGGUAACUCGAGGGUUCGUUUUCGCGUGCAUGCAGGCUGCGCGUGAAUUCGAACAGCAGCGAACAAGAUUUUUCAACGAGAACGAGGCCAGGGACGACUACAUGGAGGUCCGAGAGGGAAUGGACUUAUCUGAUGUUUCUUUGCUCGAAGACAUGCUCGUCUUUGGCAGCUCACCGCCUUGGUUCCUUCGAGCUUCCGCUUUCUGGCUGUUUUCCGUGCUGCUUCUUUCGUGGCCUUUGCGGAUUUACGCGGAGUGCCGAACAGCUAUGCUGAACUACCAGGUUACAAAGCUGUUCGGCACAUGCUACUUGAGCCCCUCCUCAGUGAACUAUACGGGUCCUCUUACUCGUACAUCUACGAUGGAAACAGUAGAAUUGGAAGCCGCACUAGGAAGGGAACAAUACUUUGUGGUGCCGUCAUACUCGGAAGCAAUGCUGAUGCCCGACGCCGCGGUGACGCUCGUCAAUCCUUCGGAAGCGCGUGUGUACUCGCGCCCUCUUCCUGUUAACAACGAACAAAUCGUAAUUCGCAAUUACGGGGCAGUAGACGACGACUUGGGUCACCUCCCCACCAUACGCCCUCCUCGUCCACUGGCCGGUAGCAGAAGCAUGAAUUUCUUGCAGGCGAUGCGAAGAGAUUCUAUUCCUCGGGUAUCGCGAGCGAUUCCUCCUCGUUCGUCCCGUAAUGUGCCACCAAGAUCACUUUCGAUCAGUGGCCUCUGCGGAUGGUCCAACGGCUAUCACGCAAUUGGAAACAGCACUGCAAGUGAUCGCACUCCACUUCUCGAUCAACCCGAUGAGCCACCUCCAAGUUAUGAGGUGGCUCUGCGAAUGUGUGCUCCCCUCUACAAUCGGUUGCGUCGGUCAAUCUCGUCUCGGCUCAACUCGAUCUCUCAGUCGAGCUCCAAGGAACUGAAGUCGUUGACAGGUUACAAUAACGGCAGCGGCAGUAGCCGCCAGAACAGCAAGGACCAUGGCUGCGAUCCCGACAUGUGA